GAUUUGAGCUGGAGGAAUAGUGGAUCUUUUCUCCCCUCAAAGCUCCCUUCCAUGAACACCCUUCCCUUGAUGAAGCAGGAGCAAGAAAUACGACUCCAAGAGAGGAUUAUUCAGUUGAAGGGAAUGAAGAAUUCAGAAUAAUUUUGACAAAUGGAUUCCAAUAUGGGGAAUAAGAAUAAACUGACCAUUUGAACUGCUUUCAAGAAACAUACUGUCCAUUUGCCUAAAGUAAUUUCUAACAAUCGAAUCAAAAUGAAUUCAACAUUAUUUUCCCAGGUUGAAAAUCAUUCAAUCUACUAUAAUUUUUCAGGGAAGAAUUCCCCAUUUUUUGCUUUUGAAAAUGAUGAUUGUCAUCUGCCCUUGGCCAUGAUAUUUACAUUAGCUCUUGCUUAUGGAGCAGUGAUCAUUCUCGGGGUCUCUGGAAACCUGGCCUUGAUCAUUAUCAUCUUGAAACAAAAGGAGAUGAGAAACGUCACCAAUAUCCUCAUUGUGAACCUUUCCUUCUCAGACCUGCUCGUUGCCAUCAUGUGUCUGCCCUUCACCUUUGUCUACACGCUGAUGGACCACUGGGUUUUUGGUGAGGCAAUGUGCAAGUUGAACCCUUUUGUGCAAUGUGUUUCAAUCACAGUGUCCAUCUUCUCUCUGGUUCUCAUUGCUGUGGAACGACACCAGCUGAUAAUCAACCCUCGAGGAUGGAGACCGAGUAACAGACACGCGUACAUAGGCAUCGCUGUCAUUUGGGUCCUUGCUGUGGCCUCUUCUCUGCCCUUCCUGAUCUAUCAGAUAUUGACUGAUGAGCCCUUCCAAAAUGUAACCCUCGACGCCUUCAAGGACAAAUAUGUGUGUUUUGAUAAAUUUCCGUCAGAUUCACACAGGUUGUCUUACACCACUCUCCUCCUGGUGCUGCAGUAUUUUGGCCCACUCUGCUUUAUAUUUAUUUGCUACUUCAAGAUCUAUAUACGCUUGAAAAGAAGAAAUAACAUGAUGGACAAAAUGAGAGACAAUAAGUACAGGUCCAGCGAGACCAAAAGAAUCAACAUCAUGCUGCUGUCCAUCGUGGUGGCAUUUGCAGUCUGCUGGCUGCCUCUCACCAUCUUCAACACUGUGUUUGACUGGAACCAUCAGAUCAUCGCCACCUGCAACCACAACCUGUUGUUUCUGCUCUGUCAUCUCACAGCAAUGAUCUCCACCUGUGUCAAUCCCAUCUUUUAUGGAUUCCUCAAUAAAAAUUUCCAGAGAGACUUGCAGUUCUUCUUUAACUUUUGUGAUUUCCGAUCUCGGGAUGAUGACUAUGAGACCAUAGCCAUGUCUACCAUGCACACAGACAUUUCGAAGACUUCUCUGAAGCAAGCAAGCCCAGUCGCAUUUAAAAAAAUCAACAAUGAUGAUGAGAAAAUUUGAAACUGCUCCUAGUGUGUGGUCUCAGAUGAUAUCUGCUCAAAAGCAAGCAUCACCUGCAACAUACUUUACCUAUUUCCUAAGGAAUGGGGCUGAAAUCAUUUGAUAGAGACCAACAUUUUCAUGUCUUGCUUUUUAACUGCUUUUGUAGUAGCUGUCCUGAUUACAUUUGGGACAAAAUGUAUGGGCUGUGGAAUCUUCUGGCAGUAGUUGGGGCCAGACAUCCAUGAAGUGCUUUUGUAAUCUUAUGCAUAUAAUAUAAAGGCUUUUAUAUUGUAUUUAUUGGAAUGAAGUUUCUUUAAAUAUUGCUACUAACGUUCGAAGGACUACGUCUGAGACUAAAUUAGGCCCUCCUGGCUGGCUAAGACUGUCAAAAGAUAGGUAAAUCCUGAUUGAGUAGCAGGCAUCGUUUGAGUCUGUCAGGUGUCCAGCAUGAAAAACCAGCAUUCAAGAUGUGGAGCUUUGAGCCCCUCUGUGAAGUCUAUUCGUCCAAAGUCAUACAGGAGUGAUUUGCAUUUUGUAAACAUUUUUAACAAAAGAAUUUACUCCUAACUGAUUAUCAUUGAAAGAUAAAAAUGCAUAAAGUAUAAUUCUCAACUGUGAAUAUCAUGGAGAACUGGGCCACCUGUACUUAGGGGGGUACUUAUCCUCCUAAUUCUGGUACCUGACAACCAAAGGAUUUCUGAGGAAUUAGUGUAAGAAGUAAGGUAAU